GACUAGGAUAUCCUCCUCCUUUCCUCCUUCUCCUUCAUUGUGUCCCUCUCUCUUUGUCUUCGUCCAAAUAGGGUCGCUCACCGCCGCAAUGGCUGGACAGAGACUCCCUUCCAUCUCAUCGUCUCCACCCAUGCGGAUAGCCUACGCAGGACCCUCCACCUCAUCCUCUUCCGGCACCUUUUCUUCGCCCGAGGCAGUCAGACAACAGAAACGUAGUAGACCCACUGCAGAUGAGACGGAUCAGCUUGAGGCUGAUGAACAUCAGCAGCAACAACACUCCCAUCUUGCACAUCAGCAAAGGUCUAGAGACGCCAGCAGCUUGUUGGAUAGACCCAGGCGGACGGGACGAGCAUGCCUGCAGUGCCGGUCUCGAAAGCAAAAGUGCAUCGUCGACACAGUCAACGAAGAGGAUCCGCACGCUCCUUGCAAGCGCUGUCUUCGGAACCGCUUCGACUGCUCCUUUCAAGAAGCCGAUGACCAGGGUCCAGCGCCCAUUGCUCCCAAUGUAGGAUCCAAUGACAUCUCAAUGUUAUUCAGACAGAUGCAGCGGCACGAGCUACGAAUCAGAGCCUUGGAAGAGCAGCUGGCGGGGCCGUCUGCACUCCCACGGCGGAGUGAAUCUUCGUCUGUACCUACCAAUGUGAAGCGCAGGGAAGAUGCAGAGCUAGCAAGCAUGGAUAGCCGCUCUCUCCCGAAUCUAGUGGAAGCACUUGGUGAAGCUAGCGGCAUCGGCGGCAAGAGCGAGCGACCUCAAAGUGCAUCAUCUCCACGCUCUUCCAGUAGCCAGUCCAGAAUUGGCGUGGAGAGUUUGCAGCUCGACGCGCCCAUUGCUACCUUGAGAUCACUAGGUGCAAUUUCGCAAGAUGGCUGGAGGGGACGAGCUGUCGAGUCUCCUUCAUCUGCAUCCUCCUCAUUCGACCCUGUAAGCAGGGGUGUACUGCCGCUAGAUGAUGCUUCGCAGUGUAUUGCAACAUAUGCCUCGUCCUGCCAUCUCAUGGCUCCUCUACUAGACGAAGAAAUGCUCUACAGCCUAUCCAUCCUUCGCAAGCGACCGAUUCUCUUCCUUGCAAUCUGCUGUGUGGGCGCCAGACUAUGGCAAGCCACCCCCGGUCUCGAUGAGAUGACUGCUCAUCCCAACUACGAUGCUCUCAUCGAGCUCUUGGACGAGAGCUUCUCGAAGCUGCUGCUGCGACCUACUUCGGAGCAUCUCACCCUGGCAUCUGUGCAAGCCCUACUCAUCACGGCGCAAUGGAUGCCAAUGGUGCGCACGGCCACGCAAAGAUACGAGAGUCGGUACAGCGAAAUCAGUGCUGGCUCCUUGCUCGGACUCGUAGGUCGAUAUGCCCACUCGAUUGGGCUCGAGGCAGCUUCUCUACCCCCUUUUGAAGGUCUGAAGGGACAACGACGUGCCUACAAGACUUGGCACAAUCUCCUCACCUGCGAUGCAAAUCUAAUGCUCACCUCGGGAUUCCCGCCCUCCACGCAUGCCGCCUCGGCUGCCGAGACUGCUCUGGUGCUUCCCGAACAUGGACUGAGCGUCUCUGAUGAGGACGUAAGGGUUGCGGGCCUGCUGGAGUUGGCGGCAAUUGCCCAGCGCGCUAUUCCCCGAGCUGGUCUCCUGCAGGACAUUUCCCGUGGUGUGCUAGAGCGUUUCAAUGCAGAGCUGGAUAAAUGGGAAAAGGUCUGGGCAUUACGUCUACGGGAACGUCGUAUCAGGCAUGAUCAAAUGCCUUUUACUUCUCUACGGUGGUAUCGUCUUGCCAUCAACAGUUCUGUGUUGAGACCUCUCCUCUCUACACCUCUCACGAGUGCCACUCGUAACCUGCAGUAUAGCUUCGUCGAGCCACUCGACCAGAGUCUGACCGCUGCAGCCCGUAUACUCGUAGCCUAUACCGUCUCGGCUGAGCAGUACCUGCCAGGACUCAAGCACCAUAUCCCAACUUCUUUUCCGGAAGAGGAAAAGGAUUGGAAAAUUGAUGAUGAGGCGGUACGCAAAUUGUGCUUUGCAGUGGAUUCGUAUUGGGUCACAAUGACUUUCGCAGUCGUCUUUCUCGCCUUGUGCUAUAUACGGGGUCGUAUAGAUGAGGACUGCGCCCUCAUCUUCUCCCCCUCCUCCUCUCCAGCUAGCUCCAUCUCCUCAUCCUCUUCCGCCCUGUACGGCAAGCCCUCUUCUUCUUCUUCAAAUGGUGCCUCUCCCCUCCCCGGCGGUGUUAGAGGCAAGAAGGCCGCUCCUUCUUCGCUCCUCUUCAAACUGCUGACGCUAGGCCACGCCCUCUUCAGUCGAGUGUGUGAGGUGGCACCAGGACCUCAUCCUGCGCAUGACCUACUAGUGGUAGUCACGGAUGUGGUACGGUCUGUCAAUGCUAGCCUCCCAGGCGCGGGGCUGAGCGCAGGGCUCAAAGGAGCUGGAUGCGGUGCCGGAGCAGUAGCAGGAGCAGGAGCGGGAGCGGGAGCGGGAAGCGGAGGCAAGAUGCUCGCCAGUGGAAGCGUAGCGGCUUUUCCUUCUCCCAAGAGCGACAGAGAAAGCGCUCGUGCCCUUUCCCUCUCCUCUCUCAUCUCUUCCGAUCGUCUCCCUGGACUUGGAGCAGUCGGAGCCAGCAGUAGUACACGGAGAAGUGCCUUUGCAGGGCUGCCCCCUGGAAGUAGGAGUGGUACGGCUUUAGGGGCGAGUGGAUUAGGGGAGGGUUUGGGAGAGGGUGAGGACCCGGCGCGAAGAGUGGCGCUGCAUAAGCGUCUUGAUGGGUCGGGACUGCAGUGGUUGGGUGAGAUCUGGGAUAAGAUGAUGGGAGUACACACCUAGAGCGGGAUGGUCAGCACAGAGAAGAGAUUGGAUGAGAAGACAAAGACAGAGGCGAGAUUGCCGAGGCGGGCGUGCCGGCAUUGUACAUGAUCCUCAAACCUGUCUCGAUAUUAACCCCCAAAAGAUACUCUAUUCAGAAGAAGCACAGCCACUUGGGGUAUAGCGAGAGACGAAGACGGCUCUACGACCUCCCGCAUAACGCGUCACAGACUGC